AGUAAACAUGGCGCACGGCUAACGAAGUCGUGCUAAGAGUCCUGAAGCCUUUGGAUACCGCUUUCAGAGCUUAAACAAGGCAUUUCACAUAACCUCUGGUGUCCAGAGGUGUUUGUGUUGGGCGUUUCGCUCAACAGGUUUUAUUAAUAGAAGGGUGAAGGAGACGCACCAGCAAGAUGGGGCGACGUUCGACCUCCUCCACCAAGAGUGGGAAGUUUAUGAACCCCACCGACCAGGCCAGAAAGGAGGCCAGGAAAAGGGAGUUGAAAAAGAACAAGAAGCAGAGGAUGAUGGUGAGAGCAGCAGUGCUGAAGAUGAAGGAUCCCAGACAGAUAAUCAGGGACAUGGAGAAGCUGGAUGAGAUGGAGUUUAACCCAGUUCAGCAGCCGCUGCUGAAUGAGAAAGUUCUGAGGGACAAGAGGAAGAAGCUACGUGAGACAUUUGAACGUAUCGUCCGUCUGUAUGAGAGAGAGAACCCCGACACCUACAAGGAGCUGCGUAAACUAGAGCUGGACUAUGAGACCAAACGAGGGCAGCUGGCUCUUUAUUUUGACUCAGUCAAGAAUGCAGAGUCAGUGGAGGUCGACAGCAUCCCUUUACCAGAUAUGCCUCACGCCCCGUCCAAUAUCCACAUCCAGGACAUCCCUCUACCAGGGGCUCAGCCUCCCUCCAUACUGAAGAAGAGCUCUGCUUUUGGUAAAGGUCCUCUGUCGUCAUCUUCUGGACCCACCUUGGCCACAGCUCCAGGUGUGCCACGUUUACCUCCAGGAAAGAAGCCCCCUGGUCCCCCACCUGGACCCCCACCUCCACAGGUCCUUGCCCUGUAUGGCAUUCCCUCUCGACGACCAUAUGGCACAGAAAUUGAGCCCUCCAUUCCUGGUCUUGAAAAGGAGUCUGCCAUGGAUGUAGGGAGAGAUCGAGACAGCGGCAGUGACAGCGACAGAGAUCGAGAUGAUGACGACGAUGAAAGCGUCUCUGAGGAUGACAGUGAGGAUGAGAGAGAUGAAGGGGACGACGGCGACCAGAGAAUGAAUGUAGACAGGCUGGAUGAUCAGAGGGAACGAGAAGAGGAGAGAGACAGAAAUGACAGACAUGCUGGUCGCAGUGUACGUUUUGCAGACAUGCCUCCAGACGCUCCUCGUGAAGGAAAGAGGAAGAAGAAGAGGAUUGUGAAAAGGACCAAGGCUAUCACUCCUCUACAAGCCAUGAUGUUGAGGAUGGCAGGUCAGUCUGUUCCUGAAGAGGAGGAGGAAGAAGAGGUCGAAGAAGAAUACACAGAUGAUUCAGAGACCUCAGACACCGAGGACAGAGGACCACCAGGAGAAAGCCAGCCCCACCUUAUGGCCAAUCAGCGUCUACCCCCACCGUCUGGACCUGUGGGGCAGCAGGGACCUCCACAUCUGCAAGGUCCACCGAUGACAGGACCCCCACCUCUGGGUCCACCCCCUGCCCCUCCAAUGAGGCCCCCUGGUCCUCCCUCCGGCCCUCCUCCAGGCCCUCCACCAGGUGCUCCUCCGUUCCUGAGGCCUCCUGGUAUGCCUGGAGGCAUAAGGGGUCCAAUGCCUCGUCUCCUGCCUCCUGGACCUCCACCUGGUCGACCUCCCGGUCCUCCACCAGGCCCCCCUCCUGGCUUACCACCAGGCCCCCCACCACGAGGACCCCCUCCCAGACUCCCACCUCCAGCACCACCAGGUAUCCCCCCUCCUCCCCCGAGAGCAGGAGGCCCCCCACGUCCACUUGCGCCCCCGCUCUCGCUCUUUCCUCCACCUCUCAACUCGAACGUUCUCAGCGCUCCUCCAAGCAUCGUCCAGCAGCGUCAGAAAGGCUCCGGAUCCAAUCAGGACGCCCCUCAGAGCAACCUGCCACCCCCUCCCAUGCCAAUGAGGCCUGGUGUCAUGCAGAUGCCCCCUCCUCCUGGGACGGCUGCAGCAUCAGCAGGCGCCGGCAGCAACCCCCACCACGCAGCCACCAUCGAGAAGCGGGCCAACAUCACCUCUGUGGCAGCAGCUGGAGGCGGUGUUGCAGCAGGGGCUGGCGCUGGAGGGGCUACAAUCUCCGCCAAACCUCAGAUCAUCAACACGAAGGCGGAGGUCACACGCUUCGUGCCCACAGCGCUGAGGGUGCGUAGGGACAAGACUGGAGCGAUGCCGGGGGUGGCUCCAGGGCCUCUGGAGAAACCAGGAGGAGGUAUUGGUGGGCGGAGGGAUGAAGGCAUGGGAGUUGGUCAGGGGCAGAAACAGCACACAGCAGCCGGUCCCAUGGUUAACCCCACCCAGAUGGGUGCUGUGGCUCAGCCUAAUAUGAAGACAAAGGACCAGGUGUAUGAAGCCUUCAUGAGGGAGAUGGAGGGACUCCUCUGACCCUCUGAGAAGGAGCAGGGUGAAUUUCCAUGGAACAGUCUGAACUACAGGAGUGUCCUUCUUUGUUUUUUGUGUUUUCUGUAAGGGUUAUAGAGGUAGCUGUUGUAAGGCUGUCAGCUAGAUCAGAUUCUUUUCAGUAAAUAAGAGACCACUGAGAAGGCUCAUCUUUUUCUGACUGAUACAUUAUUAGCUGUAUCGAAGAGAAUGUGAAUUUUGUGUACACAUAAAAUGUGAUCAUAAACCUCAUUGGAAACCUUCGAAUAGGUGCCACUCAAUGCCUACAUAAACCAACACUAUUCUCUGCUCUAUAAAGAAAACGUUCCUAGAUUGGAGUUCAUUUGUCAAUCAGUACGUUGUAUUUUUUCUCUCAACGGCCAGAUGUUUUGUAUAAUUUUAUGACUGUUUUGUUUUAUUCUAUUGGUGAUCUCUUACACAUGUUGGACUUCAAAAUAAAGGCAUGGAUUGUUUGUCAGUCAUUGGCAAAAUACAAUGUCUGUAUUGAACAAAAACUGAAAUGAACUGACACUGAUUCUGCAGCUAAAUAAAAGCACCAAAACAGUGUGA